CCAAAAAAAAAAGUAAUUGAACGCCAGUUUUGACGUCGGAGCAUCCCGUGAAUUUAAUCUUGUAUUUUAUUAUGAGCGAAGAAUUUAAUUAAUUCGUUUGCAAUCAACGGGUAACAAUUUGUACACUUCGCAUCGGCGAAAAAUGCAUUUUUCUCAUUUUACAUUUUUUUUUACCCCUCCCCGCGCGUUCCAAACGAAUAGAAGUUAUUCGCGAUACGGCCGUCUCUUUCAAGAUGCCUGUCGAGAUACGUGAAUUUAAUUUCGUCGUGGCUAAACGCACACAUUUCGCGCGUGAUAUUUUCUUCGCAAAAAAGGAAAAAAAAUUAGAAAUUAGUUAUGAGGGAGAUACGCGUGCGUUGUGUAUAAGGAACUAUUUUGAGAUAGCGCGUCUCGUUUUCUUUUCCGUCUUCUCGUGAAAUGCGGGAAACACUUUUCGCGAAAAUAUUUACCGACGGGAAACAGACCGGGAGAAUAUUAAAAAACUUUCAGAGAUACGUGCAGCCUACAUGAAGAACGUCGUCUGACGCGUAUGACGGUCGGGUUUCUGUCCAUCGUUCUUGUAUUUGCUCUUCGAUGCGCGUUCGAAGCCGCAUGCGGUCUCGUGAUCAAAGGCACCUACUCAACGGUGUACGAAUAAUAUUGGCGUAAGCUGCAACAGCGGCAGCCGCAACGUACGUACAUCGGUUCAUCAAUAUUACAUACGUCGGAUUUGCGAGUCUCGCAGUCGCCUUCGGCGUCUUGCGACGGGCACGGCACUCUCGAGUGAAACGAGUCGAAUAAACAUUAGCGAUCGAUUGCAAUCGAUUUCAGGUGAUUCCAGCAAACGUUAAAACUAAGGUGAAAUAAGAUCGGCUCGAGAUAUGCUGACUCGCGCCCAUGUGUCCGUUUCUACCACACGGCCGGCGCUGUGUUUAUUUUUUUGUUUUUGUACCUACCUAUCGCUUUUCCGAUUCGCAAUGACUCGCUUCUUAAAACAUACCGUAAACAUUACCGUAUCAAGAGUUUACUCUCGAGAGGAGCUGUGCCGCUCGCAGAUUACGGAAUAAUACAAAAUGGAAGGAUUUUUUUUUCUUGGAAAUUUGAACGGCCAUGAUGAUUAUCGAUAUGACGUCACGGGAUCUAGCGGCGCGUCGGUCAGUUAGCGGGCCAACGUCAGGGCAUCGGUGUCGCGGGAAGGUGUCGUCCCGCAUUUCUCUCCGUUUAACGUAAGUUUCAUGCUGAAAGUGUCGAGAACGUUGAAUUUGGCGACGGACGAUCGUGAGGUAUAAAGUCGACGCAUACGUGGAGCACAGAGUCCCGUCGGCCGUUGGCGGCAUCGGUGUCGCUAAUUGCUCGUCGUCGUUCCGGCAUCGUGUCAGUGUGAAGUUGUCUCUGUCUCGCGAAGUGCUCAGUGUAGUGUCGAGGGGUUUGAAUUUGAUAACGGACGAUCGUCGCGAAGCAUAAAAUCGGAGUGCCUAGUCAACCUGUUCUCCACGAUUUCAGUUUCGUCAGUUGCUUCCCGUCGGACUGCGUCGGACGCUCGCGGCCCGUCGGGGAGGUUAGGUUCUAACGUUGGCGUGAAAUCUUUUCUAUCUCGCGAAUCGCUGAACGUUUUUCAAGGAGUGCCAGGACUAUCGAAUUCGAUCGUCGUGAGACAUGCAAUCGGCGUACGUGAAGCAUCCGAUUCGUCCUUCGCGAUACCGGCCUCGUUAAUUGCGUCUCAGCGUACGCUCGCGGCUCCCGUCGGCGGAAAGGUUAAGUUCUCUCGGCGGCGUGAAAUUGCCUCUGUCUCGUACGUGAUUCGCUCGGUGUAUUUCAGACGCAUCAGGAAUGCACGCGAAUGUGGUGCUGGACUAUCGUCGCGAAGCAUAAAAUCCGAUCGCGGAUCGAUCCGUCCUUUGCGAUAUCGAUUUCGCCAAUUGCGUCCCUUCGGACGCUCGCGGGCCGUCGCGCGUCGCUCGAGCGUCGGCAUGAAGUUGCUUCCGUCUCGCGAAUCGCUUAAUAACGUUUUCAAGGAUCAUCGAAAGUGUCGAAUCCAGUGGAGCAAUCGGUGUGAAGCAUAAAAUUAGCGCGAAUCAAUUCGUCCGUCGCGAUAUCGGUCGCGUUAAUUGCGUCUCGGCGCACGCUCGCGGCUUUCCCGUCGGAAAGGUUAAGAUCUAGCGUCGGCGCGAAAUUGCUUCCGUCUCGCAAAUCACUUAUUAACGUUUUCAGGCAGCAUCGGAAGUAUCAGGGGUGUUGAAUUCAGCAGCGAGCGAUCGGCGUGAAACAUAAAAUUUAGCGCGUACGGUCGCAAAUCGAUCCAUUGAUCGCGAUACCGGUCUCGUCGAACGUUCGCGGUCCGUCGCUCCAGCGUCGGCAUGAAUUAAGGCGCCGCCGUUUCGCGAAUUGUUCAACGUAUCUCGGGCUCAUUGGAAGUGUCGAGUAGAAUUACUGGCGACCUCUCGUUAUUCGUUCAAUCGUGAGAUGUAAACAGAACGCUUUGCGAUAAAAACGAUGUUUCUAUUCGGAGUCUCGCGACGCUGAAUUUUUCUAUCGGCAGAGCUGUCUCGUUAAACACUUUGCGGUUGCGACGAUCGAGAUCGGAACAAUUUCAUCCUUGAAAAUACGUCGCAUUAAAUUCGGGAGUGCCAUGCCGUGUCGUGCCGCGUUGUGAGUGAUAAUACCGCAAGUAUGGUCAGAUACAGUGUUGGAAUAGUGACGAAGUAAACCGGAUUGCGUGUCGGAUCUGACAUGAGCAUCCUUCUCUUUAACGGCUUCCUGCUACUGGGUUUCGUCGUAGCCACGGUGCCGAAUGUUCUGGUGCUGGGCUCGCCGAACCCCAUGCAAACCUUCGACCCGGACUCACCGAAGAAAUGCACCUACAGUAGGACCUACUCGAUGUUCACGGCGACCUGUAAGCAAAUGGAGCUGCACGAUAUCCCGACGAAUCUGCAAACGGACAUACAGGUGCUGAUUGCUACUGGGAAUCGAUUCAGGGAGGUGACGAACACCAGUCUGGCACGUUACGGAAGUUUAAGCUUCAUCUAUCUGAAUGACAAUUUCAUUCAGACUAUUGAAGAAGGAGCCUUCGCCAAACAACCGUACUUGGAGGUACUGGACCUUAAAGAGAAUGGUUGCGACACUCUGCCGAAAAGCUUGUUUCAGCUGCCGGUACUCCGCACGCUCUACCUCGAUCACAACAAGCUCACCGACUCGGUGUUCAAAGUGGAGGUCACUUCGCCCAUACAGUUGCUUCAGUUGGCCAAAAACAAGCUUACUAAGAUCCCACACAUCGGCCCCCAACCGAACCUUCUCAAUCUCAACAUGUCCGAGAAUAAUAUCAACUCGAUUAAUACCGAGGACUUGGCGCCGUUUUGCUCGUUGAAGUUCCUCGAUCUAUCCCGAAACACGAUCAAGUUCAAUAGCUGGGACUGCGAAUGUCAGGCGGUGAAUGCCUGGGUGAAAUUGCGUCAGAUCAAGAUGAAUCCUGAUUUCUUCAAUUGCACCAGAUCACCGAUUUUAGGCGAGGACUGCGCCAACGUGCAAUUCAACAAUCGGACGUACGAACUGUACAACGAGUGUACGAGCAUCAUACAGGAGAAGGCAGAGGUCGAGAAGGCCCGUUCGGCCUGGAUACUGGUCGUCUCGUGCGUAUCGGUGUUCAUCUUUGUCAUCUUCGUGGUACUGUUUUGCGUGCACAAGCGGAAUCGCAGGCGACGCAGGAAGCAGAAGGAACAACAGCAGCUCGCGGUGAACAACGCCAACACUGAGCUGCUGAACAGCAAUCUGACGACUGGUAAUUCGUGAAAUAAUGGCCAAAAAUGUACAACAAUAGAAGCUGCGGAGGAUCUUGUGUCAAUGCCGAGAGUAAAGCUUUAUACAAACUGCAAGGGGACGAGAAAAAGUUAAGAAGUUAUCAACUUUGAAAAGAAAUUAACAAUGUUCAAAGUAUCUGAGAGAUAUCUGUUGGUGUUUAUCGAGAGUUUAAUCGACGGAUUCAGAGAGAGAGAGAGAGAGAAUUAUAAUUGGAUAUAUAUCGACAGAUACGUGCCUAACAGUUUGUAUCUGAUCAUUAAUACAUAUUCACACAUUUGCAUGUUCCAUAAAUGAGAUUUACAGCUCGAAUGCUGCUGGCGCGACUGCCAUUUUCAAAGAUAUUACAAGUUUACAGAAGAAGAAGUGAGACAUAUUUAGUCUCUUAAAACACGAACAAUAUAGUAAUAUACCGUUAAAGCGUUAUACCAUCCAAAGUAUCAAGGAAAAUGAAUACUUAGAUUACUUAAGACUCCGAAAAGAAGCACAGCCAUCGAAAGUAAUGGAGAAGAUAAAUUUUCGCGAAGACUAUACUUAACACAAGAUAUAAACGCGUUAACUUAUAAAAUGUGUAAAUGUUCUAUAUUGUGUUCACGUAUAUACAAUGGUUACGAUAUAUAUAUAUAAAUAUAUAUAUAAGAUUUCUGUGAAUGUGAUGGAUUUUCAAAGACUCUGCGUGUUUUGAACGGAUUAUUAUAUCAUCUCGCUACUCUUUGCGAUAGGAACUACCGAUUUUGAUUUUAGAACGAAUCUCGGAAGCCAAUCGCACUCAUUAUCGUGCUUUUGUCUAUGUAAUAGCAAUGUGAGGAAUAUUUAUUGCACGAAAUUUAUGGUACUUAAAGAAGAGUUUUUUCAGAGGCUAUACGACGUCGAAGUGGAUUUCUUUUAUCCAAGUGUUAAUGUUGAUUUUAUUUUUUGUCGGAACUCUGUCUCUUCUCACACUUAUCUUACCAUAUUUUGUAUGGAGGCAUUUUUACUUACCUUAUGCAAGCUAAGAAUAAGAUUUUUUUAUGUGUACUUAUUUAUAAAAUAUUAGUAGUAGAGUAGUGACAAAAUUUACAAUUUUAUUUUUUUGAAACCUUAGUAUUUUCCUUCUCUUUCCGUUUUAACAUUUCCAUUAUGUGAAUAUAUAUAUAUAUAUAUAAGUACAUGACUGUAAAUUGUUGUAUACAAUUUAAAGCAUAAAGUUAAGUUAUGUAUAAAUAUAAAACGAUACGAAGAGUCGUAAUCCAUUUUCAGAAUAUAAAAGAUAGAUUAUGGAUGCGAAAUGUCGCCCAGCUUAGUUCCUAAUAUUUAUUUCAUACGGGUGCAGAGAAUCAUUUUUGAUUUCAUCAUAAUAUCGUAAGGCGAAUAGAAUAACCAUACCAUCGAAAUAAUAACGUAACUCUCACACGUUAUACGCGUGACAUGCGCAUUACGAUACGUCAAAGAACAACUUUUAUACUAAUUUCCACGUUACCUUUUUAAUAUUUAAUAUAUACGAAGAACCUUUGUAUAUGUACUGUAUGUACAGAGAUAUUAAUAAAACUCUAAUAAAUUA